UGGUAGCAAAUUUAGAUUAAUAGCCAGAGGUCAGACUAAAUGGGCAUGGCAAGGGAACACUUUGUGCUUGUUCAUGGUGAAGGUCAAGGAGGCUGGUGCUGGUUCAAACUCCGCUGGCUUCUUGAGAGCUCCGGCUACCGUGUCACAUGCAUUGAUCUUGCCGGAUGUGGCGUUGACCCUACCGACCCCAACACCGUUCGGUCAUUCAAGCAGUACGACAAGCCGCUCAUAGACCUCAUCUCGGACUUGCCAGAGGGGGAAAAGAUUAUUCUAGUUGGACAUGGUGCUGGAGGGCUGAGUGUGAUUCAUGCAAUGCAUGAAUUUGUUGACAGGAUCAGGCAAGCAUUUUUUGUGGCAGCUACAAUGCUACCAUUUGGAUUUCAAACUGACGAAGAUAAGAAAGAUGGGUUACCAACUUUGCCCCUAAACGAGGUUGAGUUGACACUCGGUGCAGGAGCAGAUGAUCCUCCAACAUCUGUUGCCUUAAGACCAGAAUUCCAGCGUGAUCGACUAUCCCAACAAAGCCCUGAAGAGGAAUCGGUCCUUGCUUCAAUGCUGCUGCGUCCGUGGCCUGCAACCUCUAUCAGUACUGCAAGCUUCGAUGGAGAUGACGAGAGAUUGAAUCGAAUCAAACGGGUUUUCAUAAAGACAGAGCGUGACCACAUGUUGAGCCCUCAACAGCAAGAUUCCAUGGUCAAGAAAUGGCCACCCAGUGAGGUUUUGGUCAUAGACACGGAUCACAGCCCCUUCUUCUCAGCACCAGAACAGCUCUUUAAAUUGAUAGUCAAAUCUCUAUGA